GUUUGCGGGUCAAAAGAGGGAGAAAUGCUCAGGCUCGAUUCAGAAAGAGAGAACUUCACUCGCAUGUUUCGAUCGGGGUGUUCAUAAUGUUAGUCGGCCGUGUAUGCUGUGGCGCAAUAGAGCCAUAGGUGGGAUGGACGGCUGGAUGAAGAACCGACGGGGGAUAUUUGAUGAAUACGUGUGGCCCACCAAUGACCAGCCGGUCUUAUUUCCUGGUCCUCGCUGCCACCCGAGCAGGGCUCCUCCGCCGUUUGCCUCUCGAUUCAGAUGCAUCGUGUAACUCCCCGUUCAAAACCACCCUCGUCUCCUCUCGAAAUUACAAGACCAGCCCUCUCUCUCUCUCUCUCUCUCUCUCUCUCUCUCUCUCCGCUUUGGGUUUCCAAUUUCUCUGUAAUGCGUAAAUAUCAAUCUUAGGGUUUCAUAUUCUCUCUCUCUCUCUCUCUCUCUCUCUCUCUCUCUCUCUCCUGUUCUAUCGCUGUGAAGAUGGAGAUGGAAAGCUCUCGCCGAUCGAGAGAACCAGGCCUGAAAAAGCAAAGACUGGCGGAAGAUGCCCUACCGAGCGGUGCCAUCGUCGAUCGCAGCCGUCCGUUUCCUCAGAAAGUGCCCAUCACGCGUGGCAGUUUCCGCCCAAGGGAUAGGGAUAACGGACGCGAAGAUCCAGCCCUUGAAGCCUAUCAUCCUCAGCAGCAACAGCAGCCGCUGCAGCAUCUGCAGCAGCAGGAGAUCGUAGGACAGUACAAGACAGCCCUUGCAGAGCUGACUUUCAACUCGAAGCCGAUAAUAACCAACCUCACGAUCAUCGCUGGGGAGAAUCUCCCUGCUGCGAAAGGGAUCUCUGCCGCUGUCUGCGCCAACAUCCUUGAGGUUCCUAGGGAUCAAAAGCUGCCCUCUCUCUAUCUUCUAGAUAGUAUCGUUAAGAAUAUUGGAAGAGAUUACAUCAAAUAUUUUGCCGCUAAGCUUCCAGAGGUAUUCUGCAAAGCCUAUAGAGAGGUUGAUUCUUCGAUACAUCCCGCUAUGCGACAUCUUUUUGGGACUUGGAAAGGGGUUUUCCACCCUACUACACUUCAGAUCAUUGAGAAAGAACUUGGCUUCACAGCCACCAUCAAUGGUUCAUCUUCUGGAACCACAACAUCUAGGCCUGAUUUUGAGUCUCAACGCCCACCACACAGUAUCCAUGUAAACCCCAAGUAUUUAGAGGCAAGACAGCGACUCCAGCAGUCAAGCAGGUCAAAGGGAGCAAGCAGUGACAACACUGAGGGUACAGUUACCUCAUCUGAGGAUGUUGAGAGGCCUGACAGAACAUCUGUUGUCAGUAGUUCAAGACCAUGGGUGGAUCUGCCUGCUAAGUUGCAUAAUAUUCAGCAUCCUCAAAGAGAACAAUUGAAUGAUCCUGCCCAUGAGAAGAACCCAGGUGCAGGAUAUGGAGAUUAUGAAUUUGUUUCUGAUCUUCCACGUUGCUCAGACCUGGCAGCUGGAAAAACUAAUGAUAGGGUUGCAGGAAGAAAACGGGAUAACCCUUGGUAUGGAACUGGUAGCAGUGAUGCAGACAUGACAGCUGGUGAAACGAACAGUUCUGAUAUUCCAAGUGCAUAUGGAACUUACCAAGCAUCCAGAUCUGUGCAAGUUCUUAAUCAGAUUCAUCCACCACAUAACGUGGCAACGAGAAGCAGCAGAGGGGCAAUGGGGAACUGGAAGAACUCUGAGGAAGAAGAGUACAUGUGGGAGGAUAUGAACUCCAGAUUGACAGAUCAUGGGGGGACUGAAAACUCAAAAAAAGAUGGUUGGACUCAUGGUGUUGUGCAGAAGCCGGUAAGCUCGCAAAGAGGCAAAUGGAUGCCUUUGGAGACUGAACUCCUUGAUACUCGGUGGGCUACGCUCAAUGCUUCUGAAGUGGAGAAGCCUUCCGGAGGUGGAGAGAGAGUUCCAUUGCGAAGAGAGGCUGAAGAUCAAUUUACACAACCUUGUGUCCAACCAGAUAUGGGGUCCAGGAUUAAUAAAGAAACUUCCAAAGAUUCACUUUCCAAAGAACAUGGAGGACAGACUGCAUUUGGGCACCAGACACCAUCUAUAUGGCCAUCACAAGACCCACAUCCUGUGGAUGGUUUGAAUCCCACCAGCAUAGCUUCAACAAUUGCAGGUCAAUCUGAUGGUCAUUCUACUUCUCCAAGUCACACCUUAUCGAUGAUUCCGACUUCUUCUUUGGCUAGAACAGGACUUAAAUCGCAUAUCGGGCCAUCUGUUGCUCCUUCAAGCUUUGGAUCUCUGGCCAAUGUGAUUUCAAGAUCAAGUGGAAUGCGUGGGCACCAACAGUCACAGCCUCUUAGACCUGCAUCACCAUCUGCACCAUCAUCUGGACACCGACGUUCCCUCUCACCUUCAUCAUCAGCACUCCAUCGGCAUCAACAUUCCCAAGGUUUAGGUGACCACAAUCACCCACCAGCUCAGUCGUUACCUCAACCAGGUGAAAGAUCUUCUCAGCUUGCAGGACAGCCAAACCAAGUACCACACAUUAAAAUUGCUCAAGGGUCUUCUGCUGAUGUGCCUCAAAAUCACAUUCACUCGAGCAUGUUGCGCAAUUUACAGUUGCCCUCUUCACAGUCCACUCCUCAGCAUUUGCAGAAUCCAUUGCAUUCGUUAGCACUGUUUGAUCAGCUAAGGCAUCAUCUACCCCUCUUGCAGCAGCCACAGCCAGAAAUAUCACUGCAACCGACGCAAUCCCAACCAUCUGGUCAAACCCAGAAGCCAUCAGCUCAAUCACCCAUCAUCGGUGCUACCCAAACAACAGGGAACCUAAGGUCUGGCCAGUCGAAUAAUCCUACAGAUAUCUUGGGACAAUCUAGUGCGGGUAGUUUAUUGAUGGCCCUUAUGAAAAGUGGACUGGUCUCUAACAACUCCGGAAGCAAUAGUUUUCCAAGCCUGAGUUAUCCAACCUCAUCAACGCCAUCUAAUUUGAAUACUCAGCCUCCUCUACCAAGUGGACCUCCUCCAGUACAGCUGACAACACCUUCCUUGCCCACAGUCACACCUGCUUCUAUACCAGGCCCAACUUCCCAUGGUGACAUAUCAGCUUCGGCGGCACAUCCUCCCAGGCUAGUCCUGCCUCCCCUGCCGCCUGGCCCGCCACCUCCCUCAUCGCAUGUAGCUACCUCAUUGCAGAUGUCAAACCUAGCUAGUACUGCUUCGAAUCCCCUCACUAGUCUUUUGAGCUCAUUAGUUGCAAAAGGAUUGAUAUCAGAACCACCAAAAGAAUUGCCAGCCAUCACCACACAUCAGACACCCAUCCAACUCCAGAAUCAGAGCACAGUCACCACCACCAGUGCCUCCGUGCCUGUUUCUUCAAGUUCACCUUCCUCAUUCCUACCUUCCCCUUCUGCAAUGGAAGCAUCUUUUCGAGAAUCUGCUGCAAAAGGGACUUCCUUGUCUGAAUCAACAACAGUAAAGACAAAGGAUGUGAUAGGCACUGAGUUUAAACCAGAAAUAAUCCGGGAAUCACAUCCAUUAGUUAUUGAUGCCCUCUUUGAUGAUCUUCCACAUCAAUGCAGCAUAUGCGGCCUUCGACUAAAAUUUGAAGAACAGUUUGCUAGCCAUUUGGACUGGCAUGCUUCAAUGAAGCAUGAGUUGAGCAGUUGCAAGAGUGUUUCUCGGAAAUGGUAUGCGAGUUCAAGUGACUGGGUUUCUGGGAACUUGGGGCCGUCAUAUGGACCUAUGCCUACCGUUUCCAUGGAAGAAGUGGUGGCCACGACAGAGGAGAACUGUGAACCAAUGGUCCCUGCAGAUGAAAGCCAGGUUAUUUGUGCAUUGUGUGGAGAGCCAUUUGAGGAUUUCUACAGUUGUGAAAGAGAUGAAUGGAUGUACAAGGGAGCAUUGUAUUUGACCAUACUGGACGGGAAAGGCGAUGCAGGACACACUGAUGAGAGUGCUGCAGGGGGCCCUAUUGUGCAUGCUAACUGUAUGUCAAGAAGUUCAACUGGUGAUUUGGACAUGGCCGGGCCUGUUUAACUGGAUGUGUAGAUGGAUGAUAUUCCAAAGGGAAAUUGCGCAGCAUUGUUUGUAAUGCAGGUCCAUGCGUAAAAAUCAGACGCCACCAAUCAGGUUUAUUCCAACAGGUUAUGUAUGCAUACUGUCCAUGCUAUUUGGCUUGUGCCUGAAAAUGUGGAGCCAAUCUCUCACUGAUUUUUGUCUACUAUAAUCAUUUUUUAAAGAAAUAUAUCCACAUCUCUGUUGCUCUAUUUUGGCUUUUUUUUUUUUUUUUGGCUUUUCAUCUAAUGUGGUCUGCAUCUUGUUGCUUAUGUUUUGUUUUAGUUGCCUUGGUGAAGUGGGUUGUCGUUAAUUCUGGUAUCUGGUGCUAGCGACUGAAGAAUGCCCCUUGCCGUUCAUGUCUAUUGCAGGGCCUGCUCUGUCUUCGGGUGCAUAUACACUCCAGGGUAAACCAUGACCUUACUGUAUUGUUAAUACUAGCAAGAAUUCAUGAGUGUGUUCAUGUUUUAGCUGUUUCUAUAUGCAUGCAUUUUGGAGCAAACAUUGCUGUGAAGAUAAUAAAAAAAGAAUUUCUGGACUC